AUGGAAUCAAGGGUUUGGCUAAUCACGGGCUGCUCUUCUGGAUUUGGAGAACAGUUCGUUCGACAGAAUAUUGCCCGCGGUGACAAAGUCAUUGCUACUGGUCGUAACGCAGCCACAAAGCUGGCCCAUCUGAAAGACACAGGUGCAGCAAUUCUAGACCUGGACGUGACACUUCCCGAGGAGGAUAUCUUCUCCGUAAUUCAAGAGGCACACAAAAUCUACGGGAGAAUCGACUUGCUGAUCAACAACGCUGGCUAUGUUGAAAGCGGCCCAAUGGAAGAGCUGUCGAUUGAAAGGAUACAACGAUGUCUAGAGACAAACUUUUUCGGUCCAUUAAAAGUCACAAAAGCCAUCCUCCCUUUGAUGCGCGAGCAACGGUCUGGUAUGGUCGCAUUCAUUGGGUCUAUAAACUGGCAGGGCGGGUGGUGCGGCCAUCCUUCAGCAACAGCUUAUUCUGCAACUAAAUUUGCAUUGGAAAGUCUUACAGAAUGCUUGCAAACAGAAUUUGCCGCAUUGUUUGACAAUAGUGUACGAUUCAUCAUCUUUGAGCCAGGCUAUUUCCGUACUGAAGCUUUUUCGCACUCGAAUGUUAUUCAUCUGCCCGCUAAGCUGCCCGAAUACAAAGCUUUCUGUGAGCUAGUAGGACAGCACCAGCGUCAAAUAUACCACAACGAGAAUGGCGAUUCAGCCAAAGGGGUUGCCCGCAUGAUCGAUGUUCUUACUAGCACUGGAAUGGCAGCGGGAAAGGACCUACCACCACGCCUACCGUUGGGCACCGAUAGCCUCGAAAUGAUACGGACCAAAUGUCAAGCCACGCUUGAACUGUGUGAUGAAUGGGAAGAUUUGAUUGUUAGUACCGAUGCGAUGGCGGAGAUUUAG